UUGAAAUUUCAAGUCAAAUAAAGAAGAAUUUCAUCUAUUUUGUAUGAACUUGGUGCUCAAAUUGUAAGCAUACGUAAUGAUUGAAGAACAUGAUUAUUUAAAAAAAAAUUACAAAAGCUAAAUAUUUGAUUUUUUUUUAUUUUUUUAAUAUUUAAUUUCUGACAUGUGAUUGAAAAAUGACAUGAAAUUACAUGUGUAAGAGAUUGGACUACACACAUAAAGAUCUUAUGAGAAAAUGUUUACAAUAUAGUGUUUUAACGAGUUUAAGAGUUUAAUUGACAAAAUGUUAAGUAGGGGCAUUCGACAUACAAACACAUAUCAAAUAUAAAGUUUCAUCAAACUAGUCUGCCAAACUAGAUUAAUCCCAAACUUAGAAUUUCCAACUUUUCUAAAAAACAAACAAACUAUAAUAUAGAUAUUUAUUGUCAUACAAAUUUGUUUAUAACAAAAAAAAAUAGGCUAAAAAUAUGCGUUUGAAUAGUUGACUAAAAAAAGGGCUAAAAAUAUGCUUUUGAAUAGUUGACUAAAUUAGCAAUAUGAAAUCUGCGGUUGGAGUUGCUCCGCCCACGUCACUGCCUGCGUUGUUGAUACAAUUUGAUGGCGAAAUACUAAAAUAUGAAAUUGGCGAGAGAGAGAAUGACCAUGAGUUUCUUGGAAAGGCGGUAGAAAACUUGGAGAACACUCUAGCACAUACGCCUAUAUUUUGGGGACUUGAGCGAUAAAAGGGGAAAUUAAUUUUCUGUUGCAUCAAUCGCAUGAGCAUCGGACCAAGAAGGUUAUCGAAUUCAUUGGUAAAAAUGGCGGAACAAAUCAAUUCAUCAGCAACAGCUGCCGGAGCAAAACGCUGGUCGUUUUGGCCCUCUUCUCUUCGUUGGAUACCUACAUCUACUGACCACAUCAUCGCUGCUGAAAAACGUCUUCUUUCUCUUGUUAGAACUCCUUAUACUCAAGAGCAGGUCAACAUUGGGUCUGGUCCACCAGGUUCAAAAGUUAGAUGGUUUCGAUCGGUGAGCAAUGAACCGAGAUUUAUCAAUACUGUUACUUUCGACAGCAAAGAGGGUUCUCCUACUCUUGUUAUGGUCCAUGGAUAUGGUGCCUCUCAAGGUUUCUUCUUUCGGAAUUUUGAUGCCCUUGCAAAGCAUUUCAAAGUAAUUGCUAUUGAUCAGCUUGGUUGGGGUGGAUCAAGCAGACCCGACUUCACAUGCAAAAGUACCGAAGAGACUGAAAAUUGGUUUAUCGAUUCCUUUGAGGAGUGGCGCAAAGCCAAAAAUCUAAGCAACUUUAUUUUGCUUGGGCACUCUUUUGGAGGGUAUGUCGCUGCCAAAUAUGCUCUCAAGCAUCCUGAGCGUGUUCAGCAGUUGAUUCUGGUAGGACCAGCCGGAUUUACAUCACAAACUGAACAUAUGUCCGAGCGGAUGACCCAGUUCAGAGCAACUUGGAAGGGAGUUGUCUUGAAUCAUUUGUGGGAGUCUAAUUUUACCCCGAUGAAAGUUAUCAGAGGCUUAGGCCCAUGGGGUCCAGACCUUGUUCGCAAAUACACAAAUGCUAGAUUUACUGCAUAUUCUAAUGGAGAUGAUUUGACUGAGGAGUCGUCCAGACUACUCUCAGAUUAUGUAUAUCACACUUUGGCUGCAAAACCUAGUGGAGAGCUAUGCUUAAAAUAUAUAUUUUCCUUUGGAGCAUUUGCCAAGAGUCCUCUUUUAUACAGAGCACCAGAUUGGAAGGUGCCAACAGCUUUCAUAUAUGGACAUGAAGAUUGGAUGAAUUACCGAGGAGCGCAACAGGCAAGGAAGAAUAUGAAGGUUCCAUGUGAAAUAAUUAGGGUCCCUCAGGCUGGUCACUUUGUAUUUAUGGAGAACACAUCCGCAUUCCACUCUGCUGUACUCUAUGCUUGCCGUAGAUUUGUAUCACCACAGAAGGACAAUGACUCGCUUCCUGAAGGCGUGGUAUCUGUCUGAAUGAGACACAUCGCGGUGGUGUGUUCAUUGUGUGGGGUAUAGGUUGAGAUAAGUGUACAAUAGAUAGCAUUGGUUUAUGUUCUCUCAAAUGAGUUUACUGGUCUGACUAAUAUAUCCUUAAAAUUUCUCAGAACAUAAAGUCAAUAUCCUCAAGAAGCCAUGAAUGGGCAGCAUUCUUUUCUGCCGCUCCUUGCUUGUAGGAAGUCGAUGUACAGAUAGCUGAAUGGUUUUUGUUCUUGAAACUACAUUCUGUUUUUAUGUGAAAUAGUGAAAUAGUGAAAUAUGAUAUGUCAAUAGUUGCUAAAUGAACAAGAUAGUGUGUAAAUAAAAUUUGAAUCAACUAGUAUGUCAAUUCCAGUUAUACAUGGUUCUGGUA